UCAUGACAAUUUCGUUGACUUAACAUUUUAAAUGAUUUUUUCAUCAUUUCAUAAUGAAAAAUUUAAAAAAAUUAUUUGCAAACAACCAUUUCGUUUUUAAACUUUGCCAAUUUUGUUUAUGUUGUGCUGGAGCUUUCGCCAGAAAAUUGUACCCUUUCGAUUUACAAACAACGAUAUGGUCUGAUAACGUAGCGUUUGCCCAAUACGGUUACGUAUUCAUUACUGGUACGUUGAUCAUUGCAUACAUUAUUUUGGAAGAUGCCGGUAGUUCUACGAGAGUUAUCGAAAUAUGUCUUUUGAUUAUUGGAGCUAUACACAAUAAAUUGGCGUGCAUUUUCGUAUUAAUCGAAUAUUUCAAACACACCGAUUCGAUUUGGUCAAUGCGGACUGGUGGUGAUACCGAGGAAAUUGUAUGGGAUCUUGACCAAAUGGAUGCUGCACUUUUAGUCGCGAUUUGUGCCUUUUGUUGUGGAGGAAUAAUGGUGGUUGAUUGUUUGUUACAUAUAGCAAAGAGGAAUUUUGCUUUUUGACAAAAUCUCAUCUGUGUAUUUUCUACAAUAAAAAUGUUUUU